CGAAAAAUUCACCUGACGAACAAGCUUGCAAGGUUCCAGAGAAAUGAAUGAAACUGAUUUACAUUACUAUAGAAUUCACUUGAGAAAUGGGCGGAAUGGUUGGAAGAUGUUGUUAAUAAAGUUCUUUCUGCUACGGAAGGUACCCCAGCUUAUCCUAAAGCUGCUCGACAGUUUUUGUUGAAAUGGUCAUUUUAUAGGUAGGUUUAAAUGCACCUUUUCUACUUUUUGUCAUUUUUAGUUUCCACCAAGCACUUGUCGUAAAAACGCGCAAUUUCUUACACAUCUGGAAAUAGGUUGUAAAAAGGUUGUUGUCAAUAUUGUUCACACUGCUUGUUACCUGCAGUUGUUUUAGCAAGUCUGAACAAGUUGUUAUCACCUUUUAAGGUUGUUAAUGAUAACAGCCCAACCUCGUACCCAGGAUCUUUCUUUGGGAAAGAUGACAUCUCUCCCAGAUGACAGAAGGAGAGACCUUGGGAACGAGGUUGAUAACAGCCUUGCUACAAGUUAUUCCAACAAGACUAAUACAGGCUGUUCGUAACAAGUUGUUACGAGCUUUUUGUCAUGACUUGUUGGAACACCUUGUUGCGAGUAUGUUGGCCUCAUCAACCUUGUUACAAGAUGAUAACAGCUUGUUCCAGACUUGUCAACAACUUGGAAUAAGCAAUACGAACAUAUCUUGUUGACAAGCUGGGAGAUGUUUACGCUUGUAAAGCAGAUCGUGGUGAAAAUGAGUGAGAAAAUGUUAUUUAUUUUUAUUAUAUGUAGUUUAGUCUUGUAUUUGGUGGCAAAUAAAUAGAAAUGAGAAAUUGUCGCCGGCCUUUUUGAAGUGAUACUAAAACCUAGCUACCAUAACGUGAGUGGAAAUCACGAGGUUAUACUAUCUCUCUUUUGAAUCGUUCUUGUGUCUCCUGUAUCUCUCUCAGUUUAUCUUGGAAAGUGACAGAAAAUUAGAAAUUUUCAAAUUUUGCAUAUCGGCCUUAUUUGUCAAAGUAUUGUCCAAUUAUUUCGUGCCAUUUUGAUUGUGUGCUGACAUCAUAUAUACAUCAUUAGAUUCCGCUCACUGAGGAGAAUAUUUCGAUAUGUGACACAUGCCUGUAGAAUGUAUAUUUCUCUCAAUUUACCGUGUCAUCUAUGCUUAAUACGUUAAUAGAAUGAAGUCUGUGUAGAUACCCUGUAUCUUAUUGUUCUACAUGCUUCAUUUGUAUUUUAGUUCCAUGGUAAUCCGUGAUCUUACAUUACGUAGUGCUGCUAGUUUUGGUUCGUUCCAUUUGAUUCGUCUUCUCUAUGACGAGUAUAUGUUUUAUUUAAUUGAGCAUAAAGUGGCCGUUGCUACAGGAAAGUCGCCUAUUGCUGUUAUGGGGGAGGUAAGCAAGAAAUAUGUUUUCCACGUAUAUAGACCAAUUGCGAAACUUAGUGGCCUUCAUAAACAAUUUAUUUAUUUAGCUUUGCCAACUAGGGCAGGGUCACCACAACAGCAUAUGCCAAUUACUGUGGGCCCUUUUUACCUAACCCACCCUGUCAACUUUCCCUGUGGGAGGAAACCGGAGUACCCGGGGAAAACCCACGGUUUUCGGCAGAGCGUUGACAUUUACUCUUUUCACAUGGGGACUGGGUUCGAGUCGCAUUGAGAAGGUACUUAGUGAGACUCGAACCUGCAGCCUCAGAGGCGAAAGGCAAGUGCGCUAACCACUCGGCCACCGAAGCCCCUGUGAUUUUUUUGAUUAAUUUCUAUAUUUUUAUGUAGCGAAAAGUGUAUUUUAGGGUUUUUAAAGUGUUUUUUCUUUAAUCUCUUUGAUCUUUUCUUAAUAUUUCGUGCUAGGUUAUACAAAUAUUUGUUAAAUUUAUCUAAACAUCGAUUUCCCACUAUAUUUUUACCCGCUUUGGAGAGAUAUUUCGUUGUUGUUUUAGCAUGCGAUGGAACAAAUAUAUGGAAAAGAUCAAUCUAGACUUUAAAAUCUGAUCAAGAUGCAAAUAAAAUAGCCAGUAUAACUUAACAAACUAAAAUAUAACUCUUUCUACCCAGAUUUUUUUAGACUUCGUGCGAGAAAAAAACGAUUUUGUCAAAGGAUAAUAACAUAAAAUUUCUACAAAUUUUACCCGACAUUUUCUUUCAUAUUUUAAAUUUAAAAUCGAAAACUUGCUAUUAUAUUACAACUGAAACAAAAUUAAUCAAUGUUACAACUUAGUCUUUGAAAUGUAUUAAUAAAACAGACGGAAAAUACCUGAUUCUUUCUCCGGCAUAAUCUGCUUCUUUUAUCGGACGGCGAAAAACAGCAAAACAUUGCCUCGCACGCCGCGAAAAACAAUGAAAUUUGAAGUAAGACUAAAUCUAUGAACAAGUUUAAUAAAGAUUUACAUUGUCAAAACAGAAAUAUUGAAAAAAAAUGAAGAGAAGUGUGGGAUGUGAAGUGUGGGAUGUGUUUGGUGAAACACAGUCAAAACGACUUCAGAAACUUCAAAAUAGAGCUGCUCGAAUUAUCAUGAGUAUGAGCAACGAUAUAGAUCACACUAUUGUUUUACAGGCUUUGGGCUGGGAGCCACUUCAGUCAAUAAGAGAAAAGGCAAAAGCAAUACUAAUGUACAAAAUUCUGAAUAAAAUGGGCCCUGAGUCACUCACAAACCUUUUCACCUAUAAAAGUGGGAUGACAAAUUACAAACUUCGGGACAUUUCCAGUGGUCUUUGUUUACCACAACCUCGAACAAAUAAAAUGAAAAAUAGUUUCAUGUAUAACGGAGCUCACUUAUGGAACUCUAUUCCAAAUGAAAUUAGGGAAAGCAAAUCCCUGUCAUGUUUUGAAAAUAAAAUUGCUACUCACAUUCUUUAAAUUAACUAAAACAAGAUCCUAAGAAACUGAAAACCUAAAAUACUUGUAAAUAUAUAUAUGACUUACUUAUAGUUUAUAUAACUUAGUUGAUAUUAUAGAUUGUAAAUAGCUUUAAAUACCUUAUACUAUAUUUGUAAUUCCUUUUUACACGCCCCCUGUGGAAAUCAGCCUCGGUUGACAGGGUUAGCGUGGAUAAAUAAAGUUUUUCUAUCUAUCUAAGAGAUUACCAUAAAAACGCGUCUCAAACACUGAAAUUCAUUUUUCGCCAUAUAAAAAUAUAGCGGAAUGAUUUGUUUUUGCAUAAUACUGUAAGCCUCGUUUUCGUGUAAUUUAAGGCGCGGUCACUAAGUUUCGCAAUUGGUCUAUACUGUCAUAGACAUAGGACAAGCUUUACAGACGUGAUUAUGGGACUAUGUAGUGUGACCCAGCCUGGAAUGAAACUAUACCUGCUCAGUAUUAACCUUUAAAAAUCUCUUAAUGAAAUAAUGAAAUAUUACUUUUACGCAUUAGAUAGGAAUUAUAACGUGGAUGUCCUCGAUCGUGGAAAACAAUUUGCCUGAAAUGUAACCAGGCCCGGGACCUAACCAAACCUAUAUAUUGCAUGUUGUUUUUAAAUUAGAUAUGUAUCUAUAUAUACAUAUAUAUGUGUCUAUGUGUGUGUGUAUGUGUAUGUUUGUGUAACACUGUACUUGUACGUUUACGUUUUGGGAUCACAGUAUUGGCCUGAAGCUGUUGUGAUUUCCUGUCACAUUUGUAAUGUUAUAUAUGUAAUUAUUGUUAUAAAUGUAAUUAUUGUGACAAAGCUUGUAAAAUUAAAAAUUAAAGUAUUGCAGGAACUUCUGGUGUCCUAAUGAAGCCACAGUUGCUGAUUGGCUCGAUCCCAUUCGCGAAAAUUAAUUUUUAGCAGCUGUUUCGAUUAGACAUCGAAGGAGGACAACACACUUCAGUUUCACAUUUUACCAAUUAGUCAAUUUUAACUAACAUUCAUUUUGUUUUAGUUUGUUGGUCUUGGUGCCAACCUUGCUGCAGCGUUGGCUCCUCUAGAUCCGCUGAAACAAAGUAUGUACUGUAUAAUAAUCUACAUUUGUCUGCAUCGAUGUAUUUUGUGCAGUUGUUGCUUGAAUUUUGUACAUGCCUAAAUAAUGUUGGGUAUCUGGGUGUUCUAAAGUCCAAACACGUUUAACACCAUAUAGAGACAUUUCCUCAAAAUAACAAAUCAAUAAGUAACUUGAUGGCAUGGAGAACAGUGGGUGGCGCUGUUAUAUCUCAGUGGUUUAAUCUUCAUUUUACUUUCAGAUGGCCUAGGUGACAGUGGAUCAGACGUGACUUCAGAGGAUGAUUAUGGUGACAGUAAGGAUAUAAAGAAACCAACAACAGAUAUCCCUACAUUAGAUGAACCUGACAUGAAGAAACAACGGACAAAUUAAGAAAUUUAUUAAUCUAGAUAUUUACUUUAUGUCUCGUUAUUCAGAGUUUUAGAUGUCGAUGCUUUUAACCAUAUUAGGUACAUUUGUGAUUCAAUUGUUCAGUCAGAGAUUAUAAUACAACAGCGUUGAAGCUAUAGGACGUGAAGAGCUCGUUUGUCACAAAAAGCAAAUAAAGGUGAUUAAAUAAUCCGAAUGCGAAUGACAAUAUAUGGUGUCAAGUAAACGAGCAACAAAAUGACUGCGACGACGUCAACAUAUUUCUGGCAUGUAUUAGAAUUUGUACAGCAGUUGUGGUGCUCAUAUUACUUCACGUUUUGUGAAUGCUUUGAGUUACUUCUCCCGUCAUCAACGGCUGUCUGCCACAGCUUUUUCACUAUGGCUUACAGAUCGUUUAUAUUGUGUUUGUCAUGGUAAGCAAAUCUUUAGUUUUGUUGUAUCAAAUAUUUGUAAAUACUUGUAGAUCACAGGAUAUAUAUUAUCAUUUUAAUGAUUGAAAUUGUGUAAAUUAUUGAACGAUUGUGAAUGGGUUCAACCUAAUCAUGUGCUUGUGAAAUCUCUCCGUACAAACGUAUUCAUUGCUUAUAAAAGUUGUAAAUAAUACUAAACCUUUGUUGUUCAACUUUAUUUCAUAAAUUGUAUUAAGAUUUGUAUUGGAUUCAUAUUGUACUUAUAUAGUUUAUUCAUUAAAUAUAUAGAUCCUCGUUUGACCAAGGC